UUUGUGCUUCUCAGGAGCUGUGCCAGAUCAGCCGAAGAGUCCCUCUCUCUCUCUCUCUCUCUCUCUCUCUCUCUCUCUUUCUGUCUACCCCUGGGAGAGUCGUGCUCAGUCAGAACAGAAUGGCCUACAGCUGGCUGAUGUUGUCCUUUGGAAUCCUCUUCGGCUGUGUCCUGUGGUCGGCGCUGGCUGAUGGGGCUCACCAAUACCAUCAUCUUGAGGAGGUCAAGGCUACUAUGCUCAGGAAACUGGCACUGACCGAGGCUCCACACCUCGUCAAGAGAGACCUAGAGAAGGCUGUGGUGCCAGCUCGUGUGAGGAACAAAUACAUCUCCAUGCUGAAGCUCUACAAGGACAAGGAGAGGAAGAGGAGAGCCCUGCCCAGCUUGGCUGGCAUCUUACGGGGAGUGCCAGGAAAUUCCGAUACAAGAGGAGACGUCCUCUAUUCAGACCCUGCUAGGCAAACGCUGGUCUUCGAUAUGAAAGGGCUGAUCCCUGAAAACAGCGAGGUGACCAUGGCAGAGCUCAAGCUCUUCAAGAAAGGCGUUCACAAAGGAGAGCUCCCUCUCAGGAGGCACAGUCGGCCAGUCAACAACGCCAGGGUCAGCGUGCACUGGGUCAAGACUCUGCCUGAUGGCAGCAACAAGACCUCACUCAUCGAUUCCAGGCUGGUCCCUAUUCUCGACUCUGGCUGGAAAAUGUUCGAUGUCACCCAGGCUGUACACUACUGGCAGAACACCAAAGAGAUUGCAAUGUACUUAGAGGUCUGGAUUGAAGCUGAGCGACCGGGGAGGCACGCGGCUGAGCUGGCCAGGUUCGUCUCCUUCACUUCCCAGGAUCCUGCUGACCAGGAGCUGGGAAAGCCUGAGCUGGUCCUCUACACCCUCAACUUCAGCGAGUAUGGAGCUGCCGGGGACUGCAGUGGGAGCCGGACCCGAAGAAGUGGUUCCUGCUGCAGGCAGGAAUAUUUCAUCAACUUCAGGGAGCUGACCUGGACGCAGUACUGGAUCAUCGAGCCCCCUGGUUUCCAGGCCUUCCACUGUGUGGGGAGUUGCAAGCAGCCACAGUGGCCCUUUGACUAUGGUGAGAGGAGCUGCGCUGCAGUGGAGAGUGCCUCCCUGCCUGUGAUGUACCUGGUGAAGAAAGGGGACUACACAGAGAUUGAAGUGGCUGAAUUCCCCAACAUGAUCACUGAGAAGUGUGGCUGCACUAUGGACAAUAUCUCAAUGAAAUAACUUGGACGCCUAUGGGCCAACAGGGGCACUGUGAUUUUGCUCAUGUCCUUUUUCUUGGUUCCCCCAUUCCAUGAAGGCAUUGAGGCCUGUGUUUCCAUGGUUACCCACACUCCUGUUGCCAGCUUGCAGUGUCUGGAAUCAUAAGUAGGCCCAGACCUGGAGUCAUGCAUAGGCUAAAACCCUGAGCCAUGCGUAGGCCCAGACCUGGAUCACGUGUAGGCCCAGACAUGGAAUCAUAUGUAGGCCCAGACAUGGAGUCACGUGUAGGCCCAAACCUGGAGUCAUGCAUAGACCAAGACACUGAUCCAUGCACAGGCCCAGACCUGGAAUCAUGUGUAGGCCCAGACAUGGAAUCACAUGUAUACCCAGACCUGGAAUCAUGUGUGGGCCCAAACCUGGAGUCACACAGAGGCCCAAGCAUGGAGUCAUAUGUAGGCCCAGGCCCGGAAUCACAACAAGCAGGCAUUCUUUCUGACACAUUGGGUUUUUAAGUCCAACAGUUUGACAGUCACUUUUACUGAAAAUUGGCGGUGGUUUUUACCGAAAGCAAUCAGGCAUUACUCAGGAUGCCCUUAUGUAUUUAUAUAUAUAUAUUCCAGAUUUAAAUUCUCAAUCUGCCACAUUGGGAGCUGCACUCUCCUAUAGCAGAACCACCACAUGGACCAGCCUCAUGACACUGCUAUCAGGGCUGGCAGUAACGCAGCACAGGGCGACAUGUCGCUGUUCUAACAUACGUUCGCCAUUCGAUCAGAGAGCAACCUGAACACUAUAGAAGCACUUAAACCAUAUCACAAUCAUUCAAAAGAAGUACCUUUUGUCACUUGGGAAGGAAUUGCCAGGGGAAAGGAGGGAGGCAGUGGCCUUUCUGAGGGUUAUGUGAGUCACGUAAUCCAAGAUCCUGCGCCCCUUCCUUCUUCCUCCUGGGGACAAAUGAGGGGCAAGAAUCAUACAAUUGGACAAUGUGGUUCCAGAGCUUUGAGACUGUGACUUGUCAGUCAUGACUGUAAAAGAGAGGGAUUGCACGGUGAUGUUUAUCAGAGAGGAGAUUCUGCUGCCUUGUGAUGGGAAAUGUUCCCAGGCUAUUGAAUCGCGCCUGUUGGGCGUUGUGG